AACAACACAACUUAUAAAGAGCAGUAGCAUCGACAACAACAAUAACAGCCGACAUCAACAUCACCGCAUAUACCCACAUCUCCAGCAAUCUCAGUAGAACAACCAAUCAUCGAUAUCAAAAUCGAAUCGGUACAUCCACGCAUCCUUUACCCAUCUACACCACUAUACCCCUUCGCCUUUCCUCCUUCUCGACUCUCUCGGAUCUUUGACGACACCAGGCCUUCUCGGUCUCUAGAGACGAACAACGACCAACGAGCACAACCACAAUCACAACCGCAUCUACUCCCACUCUUCUUGAACCACCAUCUCUGCGUCAUCACGACCACCUCUUGAAAUUCAACACCAAAAGUCAAACCGAGCUUCUACCGAGAACGCAACGAAGGCAGGAAGAGACAGAACAGACAUUUCUGAGAUGGAGACCACGCACACGCUCUUCUGGGCUUACCCGCCUAGAGGGACUACCACCGUCGAUUCUCCAACCACCUCGAACUUUACCUCGAAUGCCAAUUCCAACAACUCGGCUUCGAACUCUAGUGCGAGCCAGAGUAGGGGUACGACGCUCUCCACGGAAGCCGGGUUGGGCUUUGGACUCGGACGAGGAGGUGGUGCUGUUGGUGGUGCUGGUGGGGGUGGGGGACCGGUUAGACAAGCUUCUUUACCCGUUCAGAGAGGUUCGAGUUCUACCCAGUUUGGGGGGCAACAAGGGUCGGGUCCUGGGCAUUCUUUGCAGAUGCAAUCGCCAUCACAAUCCCACUUCGGCGGCGUCAGGUCAGCAGAACGAGAUGCCGGGGGUACGAACACGGCUACGAGAGGACUCCCAGGGCGAUCGGUCACCAUGGCUCCUUUCCCUACCUCUUCCCCUGGCCCGAACACAUCGACCUCGACCCCUCCUAAUCCGGAUACGAACCCCACCUCACAAACACCUACGAGCCAAGAAGAUCCCGGCCUUACCGACCCUUACUCCCCGUUCCCUACCGAGCUCGAAGGCGGGUCGGCCGAGUAUUCGCCUUACCCUGGGUACAGGGAACGGGAUGCGCAGGGUCAAGGGAUGACCGUUGGGAGGCAAAAGACGUUUGGCGGGAUCGGGAACCUGGGAGGGAGCGUUUCCGGGUUGAAAUCAGGUGCGGAUGGCAAUAGCGUACGGCAAGAAUCAGACCAAGGUGGAGAACGACAAGAUGAAAGUGGCGAUGGUUCAAAGUCGGGUACGGGUACGGGGAUGAAAGAUUCGGGUUCGGGUUCGGCUUCAUCGGCGACGUUCCCCUCGCGGGCCAGGGCGGGGAGACGGACGAAGACGGUCCAAGAACUUUGGUUUGGAGGGGUCGUCAAGGAUGAAACCCUGAUCGAACCGGUUGAUGAGGGCGAGGACGAAGCCGAGCAAGACAAGCCCGAUCAGAAGAAAGAGGACGCAGAUGAUGAGAAUGACAACGCCGACCAAGUGGACCCGGACGAGGUCAUCGUUCAAGACGGUGACCGGCCCUUGACCCUCUCCUGGGCUCGAUCGCUCGCCACGCUCGUCUCCACCUCUUCCGGAGUGAGCAUCGACGUCCAGCUCGUCAGGCCCCACACCCCCAUCCCUAAAGAAGAGAUAAGGGAGGUACCUCUCGUACCGGGUCUUACGGCCGGGGCGGAGCAACAACAACAGCAACAGGAGAGGAGACGCGGUUUGGAGCAGUUUGGAGGGGAGGGAAAGGGGGAAUGGAGGUUCUUGUUCAGGUUUAGGGGGAGUUAUGCCAAGGUGUUGUUCGCCAAGAGCGCGUUGAGGAGGGAGAUCACGCCGGAGGCCAAGGCCGAAGUCAGUUUCCCCCUCACCCAAGUCUACACCUUGUCCGCCCUCUUUCCCUCGAGGACAAGCAUCGGUAGUGGUCUUUCGCCCAACACCAUCAUUCCGGAAGUCAGGGCCAAAUUGAACGAUAUCGCCAUGAAGACCGGAGUGUUGUUGACCAUCGACGACCCGGUCGUCAGGAGACACGGAGGCGUCGGCGGCGGAACUGGCUCGGCGAGGCGGAGACGCGGUUCAGGAUCUACGGUUGCAAGCCAGACGAGGAGACCUGGUGGCACGCUAUGGAGCAGUAAUAACACGAAGCCGGAAGAGGCUCUACCUCCAGCGGACGCGGGCAUCGUCAUGGAUUCACCCGAGAGUAUGCACAUGGAGCUGCCCGGCAUGGGGGGACAAGACGGUGCUGGCGUCAUCGGACAGAAACCCAGCAGUCGACAAGGUAGUCUAGACUUGCCGCCUCGCUCGGCGACCUCGAGUCGUUUCUUCCCUACCGGGGUGACCGAAUCGACACCCUCGCCCGCCUCUCAUCGGUUCUCGGGAAUCAUGGAUCGGGAACAGCUGCAAGAGGAACUCCUCAACCAGACGUUCGAAAACAUGGGCUUCAUCAAGGAAGGAACCUGCGUCAUUGUCGUCCAGGGUCUCAGACAAGCGGUAGCAUCCGCCAAGACCUUGUUGCUCGUACUCUCGGACGAGCUCAACGGCUUGCACGUCGAGACGAUUGAAAUUCCGGAGAGGUUGCAUAGGAUCGUGGCAGGAAGGAAGAACGGCGCCAUCAACCACGUUAUGAGUGCGACCGAGACCAACAUCUAUAUCCCGGAGGGCCGUCUCGUACAAGUCGAAGAGCAGGCGAGCUAUGGUAGCUUGAGCCCCGUCAUGAGUCCGCCUUUACGAUUCUCACCGUUCUUGGGAGGAGGUCAAUUACCGCUCGUUGGAGCCGUCUCGCCGGGACUUGGAGCUGGGUUCGGUCCUGCACCCCCGACCGGACCCGUCACGGGCAUUCCAGGCUUGACCGACCCGACCGUCCCAGACCUUGCUGCGGGACUGAGCGCGCUCAGCAUGCAUCAACAGCCUUAUGCUAGCGUUACGAACAAUUUGACGCUCAGUCCUGGUCAGCUUCCUUUGACCUUGUCACCCACGCCUACGCAUUCGGGUUGGGCCUCGCCAGGGACCAUCUCGCCUGGCUUGAACGCCGCUCCCGGGAUCAACAGGGACAUCGUCUACAUCACUGGGGCUUCAGCUGUGCGCGUCUUGAACGCCAAGGAGUGGUUGCUAAGGUCGGCAUUCGAGAAGAAUGCAGCUGUCGGUACUUUCCAGUCGCCGCUAAGUCCUCGAAAGCUGGACUGGUUGAUUCACGAACGCUCGGAACAAGUCCGUAAAAUCAUGUUUGAUAAUGGCUGCACGAUCAGGCUCGUACCUGGAAGUCGCGUUGGCAUGGUCACGGUCUUGGGCGACCACGAAGUCAGUAUUAGACGCACACUCAAACACGUGAUCCGAUUGGUCACGGACACUUGUCUGGCUGCGGCUUGGACGAUUGAGACGCCCAAUGUGACUAAGCGGUACGACACUGAGGAGCAAGCAAGGAAGCUCGCAGUCGAGACGGAUGUCGAGAUGGCUGCCGGUGCUGGCUGUAUCGAAGCGUUCUCAGGCGAGUCCGGGAUCUCGGGAGCGAGGAGGGUCUUCGAUAUGCUCGAGAAUCCGACCAGCCUUGGCUACGCUACGCAUGUGCAGUUUCAAGUGCAACCUCUGAUUGAGCACCAGGACUUUUUGGGCGGCAAGGGAAUGGGCAAGAUUGUCUCCAUGUCUCGCAAGUCCAACGCCAAGAUCCAGCUCGUUCCUGCUAGUGAUCGACUCUUCACCCUCGAUAUCCGCAGUGAGAGUAUCGCUAGUGUCGCCAUCGCGCUCGGAGUGCUACAAGAGGAGUUGCCCGCCGAGACCUCGUUCUACCUGCCCGAAGCCUUCCACCGCAAGAUCAUCGGGAGGAACGGAAAGAAUAUUCAAGAGAUCAUGUACCGUCACAACGUGGCCGUGCGAUUCUCUUCUGCAGAACAGUGGGCCGAGUUUGGAGGUCACCAAGACAACGAGGACAAUGUGCUCAUCAUCACGCCCGCCAAGAACGCAGCAGUCAUUGAAAGGGUCAAAGACAUCGUCAUGGAGCAUGUUCCGGAAGAGACCCGCUACUAUGCGCCCCGUUAUGUGAUGCCUAUACCUCGCGCAUACCACGCCUCGAUCCAGGCCAAUCCGGCCUUGCAUCAGUGGCAAGACAAGUUCGGGGCUGCCAUCCGGUGUCUACCGAGAGAGAGGGGAAUCGAUGGGAUCGAGGUGUACUCGUCCAUUGCCGUUUUGCCCGCGAUCGAACCGAUCCUGAAGUCGCUCGUUCCUCUCGAACGUCUGGCCGUGAUUCGCACCAACGUUCAUCCACUCGAUCUUCCGGACUGGCAUACCUGUGCGCAGAACGUUCUCGACUCGACUGCGGUCUCGGUGCGCUUGAGUAGCAUGUUCCGAGACGAUCGCAUGAUCGGGGUUACAUUCGUCAGCGGGAUUAGGGACACUGCUAGGUUCGAGGUCGCCAAGAACAUCUUGGAGAGGUUCUUUGCCGAGCGACAACGACCGGAAGUGUCCGCCUCGUCCUUCUCGCCUUGGGGCAAUGAGGCUGCCGGUGCCAACUCGAUCGUUUUCUCACGGGCUGGAUCGGAACCGCCUGUUCAAUAUGAAAACCGAAACUUCCGGCAGACUGUGAAGAAUGGCAAGACCGGAUCGUUGGACCCUUCAAUGACGAUGGAUUGGAUGGAACGAACUGGCAACUCCUCUCCUUUCGAAAGCAUCCCAGAGGAGAUCGCUCAACCCAAAGGACUCGCUCAGCGAUUGCGAAUCGCGACGGCCCGAACUCAAUCUUUGGACUUGAAGACGUUGAGCGGGACAGCUGGGGCAUACUUGCAGCAGCACCCGCAGUCCCCAUCGCAAGAUCAAUACCAAUACAUUCACGAUCCUCAACAGAGCUAUAGCCCCAGCCACACCCAAAGUCCGAACCUGCAGAGGCAACAGCAGCAGCAGCAAUUCCAGGGCGGUAGAUAUGGGGGGACCUAUUCGCCGACCGUCAACCUUGGAAACGGCGGAGCGGCUCCUCUGAGUGCGACUUCGGCUGGGUUCUACAACAUGCCUUAUUGAUCAAAUUGGAUCUUCAUACCGGCUGUUGCGAAAAGGCAACAUAUGAAGGCUGAAAUACGAUAAUCAUGGAAAAUACGAGAAUACGAAUUGGAAACGGGGUGCUUCACUUAUGAUACCAGACAGAAAACGAGUUGGAGAUAGGUUCUUGCCGAUGCCUCAUAACCCCGUAUACCACCACCGUCGCGAAGCCCAGAAAACGACAUUAUACACACGCGAUGGAGAGAUAUCGACCGGCUACAUUGGGCGGAAAGGCGAACGACGGAAUUACGAUAUACUCAGGUUUACCGUACAAGCAGCCGAAAACGUGCUCGAACCCUUCUUCGCCAUUAUGCAUGUAAAUUGACGAAUGCAAUAUGAAUUCCUAUAAGGCGCUGUACAUGUUGUCGUGGGUCUGUUCCA